AUAUGAUGUUUGUAGCCCUCGUAUUUCUAAUCGGAACUGUUGGAGCAGGUUCAACUUCUGAAGAAUGCCCGAGAAUCCUAGAUGCGGCCGGAAUAUCGAAGAUGUUUGCCCCAAUGGUAGCACAUAGCAUACAUUCAUUGACACUAGAGGACAUCCGUUACUUUUUCAAGGAGGAUGCUACGGAGGAAAAUGGCGUCCCAACGGUAAAUAUUGAUCUGAUGAGCGACACGAGGAUUCUACCCAACGCACCGUUAGCAGGGUAUGAUGAAGACUUCUCGACACAGAGCAUGAAGACAUUCGACUUGGUGAUGAGGAACAUGAAUCGAACCUGGUGGGGAAUUACCAAUUUCAACACCCUCGAUAAACUGACCCACGCUUUUCAUAUGGCUGAGGUCUGGGACAGCGCCGCCGAACAGUACAGAUUGGUAAAACGACUACUGGACCCUGAGUCUGAUAUCUGUGGUUGUGUAACCAAUGUUGCAGAGAACGAUAUCCUGAACUAUCUGAAUCUCAUGGCCUUCAAGAUCAAGUACCCUGGAAUUACCUCUGGAAACAAAACCCUUACAGAUCAUUACCUCGAAUCUAGAGAGAGACGAUCAGCUGACUUUGACCUGUACGACAUAGAAUCACGCUACCAUAUGAGAUAUGCCUUGACAUUAAGUGGCGAGGGGUUACAAGCGGACUUUGAUGGAAUUGACUUUGAUCUCUCCGAUAUUGAGCUGCUGAAAGAUAUAGCAGAGAAGCUGGUAGACGAUGAGGGAGUUGUGACAGUGCACGCGGACAGCGCAGAACACUGGGAAGUGUGGAGGAAGAUGGUGAAGCAUGGUAUGGAGGAGUCAGGAUACUACGACCUGGCUGUGUUCAUGUUCUGCAUGCUCAACUAGAUCCGGACUAUGGGGUUUUGACACUAAGAAUUGUAUGUUAAUGAUAUAAUAAUA